AAAAGCGAUUAUGUGCCCAAAUCAGCACAAACGUUUUAUCCUAAGAAAACAAAGCUUCUAUAUGUAUCCCAAUCAAGCAAUAUAUAACUCAUUUUGAAUCAAUCAAAAUAAUCAUAUUUUUCUUAACAAAAAAAAUGGGGUUAUUAGAUCUGGAAAAGCACUUUGCAUUCUAUGGUUCUUAUCAUAGCAACCCAAUUAACAUUGUUGUUCACAUAUUCUUUGUUUGGCCAAUCCUCUUCACCGCUCUUCUUUUCUUCUACUUCACCCCUCCUAUUUUCUCUCCUCCCCAAACACUCCUUAAUGUUAUUCCUCCUGUCUUGAUUUUCAACUUCGGUUUCUUCUUCGCCGUUUUCUACGCUCUCUUCUACGUUGCUUUGGAUACUAAAGCCGGUUCCUUCGUUGGUGUUCUUACUUUACUUUGUUGGGCUUCUUCCAGUUUCGUCGCUAAUUCCAUCGGCUUUGAUCUCGCCUGGAAGGUUGUGUUGGGUACUCAGUUGUUUUGUUGGACAGCGCAGAUUAUUAGCCAUUUUGUCUUUGAGAAACGUGCACCAGCUCUAUUGGACAACUUGGCUCAAGCUUUUCUAAUGGCUCCUUUCUUUGUAGUUCUUGAGAUUCUGCAAAAGACGAUUGGAUAUGAACCAUAUUCUGGAUUUGAGAAAAAUGUGAAGGCAAGGAUAGCUACUAAUAUCAAAGAAUGGAAGGGCAGGCAACGAAAGAAACAUACUUAGCUUAAAAAAAUGUUUACAAAUGUUGUUUUAGAACACUCCUUGGAAAUAAAGAAAAUUAAUAAUUUGAGAGACUACUAGUCAGACUAGAUAAGAUGAAUGUUGUUGAUCGAUAUUUGGGGAUAAGGUUGGAAAAUGUUGAAAUGUAUUUGUGGAUUAGAUUUUCAAUUUAAUUUCUUUUUGUUAUUAUUUAAAUUAUGAUUAUUUUUAGAGAUAGCCAUUGUCAAUAAUUUAGUUACACUUUAAAAUGAUUGAAUCAAAAUUUUAAA